AUGACGACGGUCCAUCACGAUGAACGGCCACCACCAUCAAAUCAUCAUCAAGAACAGCAAAAACAAGAACAACAACAACACAAUUUGAUGAAUUUGUUCAUUAUCCCCCUACAAGACCCCACGCCUCCUACCAUUUUUCAACACGACUAUCUAGAGAAGUUUGCAUCAAAAGUGUUUUCUACAAUUCUAGAAAUCAAGGAUCAUCAUCAAUCAUUCUUGAACCAAAUUAUAAAACCUGAGAAUACUGAUUUAAUUCCUCAAUUGAUCUUGACCUUUGCUUUACGAUGGUCAAACCUAUAUACUUCUUAUGCUAAGGAUCAUCCAUUAGGUGAAUUCCAAAUUGAAAAACAAAUGAUUCUCAAUCCUCUCUUUGCCGAAUUAAUUGAAAGUAUUCCUAAAAGAAAUGUUAAGAAGAAAGACUUUCGUCAUUUUUAUUCUAGACCUACUUUGAGAUUAGUAAGAUAUUCACUAUUAUUAAAUAGAUUGAUAGAAAACACUCCAAAGGAUCAUGUAGAUUUCAAUAUAUUAACAUCGGCUACCGACCUGAUCAAAAAUCAAUGUCGAGAAUGUAACACCCUAAUAGAACUGCAGCAAGAUAGAUUGAAGUUACUAAAGCUACACAAAUCUAUAAUCAACAAACAUGAUUAUACUGCAUUGCAUUUAAAAGCUCCGAGUAGAAGAUUAUAUUGUUCAGGAGAAAUGAUCAAAAAGAAGGAAGGAUCGUUGAAUAAUUUUAUGGAAGUCAAUGGAAUUUUGAUCGACCAUUAUUUCAUUAUCACUAAACCUAUACAAAAAUCAAAUCCAUCAAUCACAUAUCACGAAAUCAUUGAAGAACCCAUCAGAUUAGAAUUUAUGAAACUUUCGAAAACCGAUGAUCAACUAGCUCACAAAAAAGUUAAUAAAUUAAAAUCCUUUUUACAUAAUAAUUCGAAUUUAAGCUUUCCAAAUCAACCGUUAGUGUCGAAUUCAUUAUUUCCUAUUACAUUUCAAUCUUUUGGCGUAUCUCCUCGUACGAUUACAAUCUACUUAGAAAAUGAAAAACUUAGAUCAUUUUGGGUUGACAAAUUUAAUGAAGCAAUUCAUCAAAGAUUACAAAAUUUUGAACAAAUCGAAGUAUUCAAACUUUUACCGAUCUUAAACUUUACGACAACUUCUUCACAUCAAUUGGAAUUUCAUGCUAAACUUGAAGAGUUCAAUUCUUUAUUUAAUCGACAUUCAGCUGAUGAGCAUUUAUUGAAACAAAAAACCCCCAGACCAUUACAUGGAAUUCCAACUUGUUCAGCUCAAUUUAUCUCUCAAGAUGGAAAUAACUAUUUAGUUAUAGGUUGUCAAAAAGGAUUAUGGAUAGGUAAAAAACAUCAACCUAAUUCAUUUCAUUUCAUCUUACCGAACUUAAAGAACAUACAACAAUGUGAAGUUUUAAUGGAAUUGAAUCAAAUCGUAGUCUUAUCCAAUUCUCAACUUUUCUUAUACCCCUUAAAUCAAUUCUUACAAAAAUCAUCAACAAGAGAUCGAUCAAAUUCAUCACCUUUGAUUGAAAAGCCUUCAAGACCUUGUACACCUUAUGGUGGAACUACUACUCAGACUCGGGCAUUGAUUGAACCUAGCUUGAAAUCUUAUUAUGAUUCGAAUCUUCAUGAGUUUAGGAAUUUGAAGAAGAGUUUGAAUAGGAGUAGUUUUAACCUCGUUAAGAAAUCAGAUUCGACUUCAUCAUCAUCAUCAUCUUCUUCAUCUAAUUCUAAUUCUACUUCAAGUUCUAGUAUUGCUACUACUUUCAAUUCCUACAAUUUCGAUUCCAAUACUUCUAAUCCAAAUCGAAAUAUCAUAUCAUCUGAUACAAUCAUUGAAGAAAGAAAAUCUCAACAAGUUAGGGAAAAUCAAAGAAAUUUUAGAAGAUCAGAAAGAGCUCAUGAAAUGAAUCUACCGGUUUUUAUUUCUGAAAGUAAUAAAGAAGUCUCAACCUUUAAAAUUGGUAGACUAACUGAUCAUCGAACCAUUUUAACUUGUUUUCUUGAUAAAUUUGAAAUAGAUGUUGAGAAAUUAGAUUCUGGUUGUCAAUUAAUAGUUUUAGAAAUGAAAAUGAUUGACUCGUUUCCUAAUUUCACACAAUUAAAGAAAAUCAAUUUACAAUUCAAACGAAUUCAAGAAAUCAAAUUAAUUAAAGAUCAAUUGAUGAUCAUUGAAUCAUCUACAAAACAGUUUAUGAUUAUAAACCUUUCAAAUUCAAGAGAUUCAAAUUCAACUUCAAAUCAAGAAAUCAUUAAAACUUUUUCAGUCUUGACUAAAAAUGAUUUAAACCUUUUGGCUAAUCAAAGGUUUAAAAAAUUAAUCAAAACUUCACAUUCACUUUUAAAUUCAUUUGAAGUUGAAGAUGGAUUAAUUUUAUUUUGUUUUGAUCGAUUUGGAUAUUUCGGUAACAUUGAAGGAAUUAGAGAUAAAUCUAAACCUAUUUUACAAUGGGAAUCCAAUCAAAUUAAAUCAUUUAAGAUCAGCUUCAAAAAAAAUCAAGACGAUCGAUAUUUGAUUAUGAUUGGAUCGAAUUCGAUGAUUGAAAUAUGGGAUUUAAUCAAAUUUGAAAAGAUUCAAGAAAUCUUUUUACUUGGGCUUAAUAGUUUAUGUAAUCUUGGGUUUGAGAAUGGGAAUGAUGAUUUGGUGAUUCAAGUUGAUGAACUUUCUAAUCAACAACAAAUCCAACAUAAUUUAAAACAAAAUCAAUCUUAUCAAAAGCUUUAUCAAAUUGAUGAAGAUCAACAUCAAGAUCAGAAAAGCUUAAAUCAUAGAAAUGCUUUUGAUAAUCUUGGUCAAAAUUCUUCGUUUAAAGUUUUACAACUCUUUCAAUUAUGA